AACAUAGUUGGCAUAAUGUGUACGUGCCGUGUGGCUAAUUCCAACAAAUCUGUGAAAAAUACGCCAGUGGCUUGGUUUGAUGGAUGGCAAAGUGGUGAAGUACUAUAUACUUACUUAUAUACUUUAUAAAUAUGGAGUGUGGCAAGUGGUGUGGACAAACGAGCAAAGCCAUACGAAGACAAUGGUGGCAAUGUUGGGGCGACGAGAGCAGCUGGCGCUAUUGUUGUUGGCUAUUUUUGCCUUUCAACAAUCGGAAGGAUUUUUUAAGAAGCUGAUCACCAUUGAAAACGACGGUAUUGAUGAGGAGAGCAAUGAGCAUGUGAAUAUAAAAUUUCCCACAAUCAAACUCCUAAAACCCUUCAAUCUUUUUGAAAAGAAGAAAGAAAAGCUUGACAAGACUUUGGGCUCCUUAGUAGAAAAUAAAUUAGAGAAAUGGGAGGAGAAAAAGGAAAAGUUCGAUGAAAAAUUAUUGGAGUUAUUUGAUUUUUUCAAGGAAAAGAAGACUGAAACCACAGAUGUGAAAACGCCGGCACCGGCACCAGCCGUAUCGCCUGUUUACGAACCACCGUCUGCAUAUGGUCCAGCACCAGUCUAUAGACCGCAGCCGGCACCAGCAGCUCCAGCUCCAGCUCCAACCUAUGGUCAGGCACCAGCGCCGUCAAACAGGACACCUGCACCCACCCCUGCCUACGGCCCAAUACCAGUUCCGGCACCAGCUUAUCAACCACCGUCUGCAUAUAGUCACCAACAUUCAAUACCUUCGUCUAAAUAUGGGCAUCCAUCUGAUUCUUAUUCGCAUUAUAAGUCAUCAAAACCAGCUGCUUCAGCGCCUCAUCACUAUUAUGUGGAGCAUGAUUACAGCGAGGAGCAAACAUACUCAUACAAGCCGAUACAGUCAGUCAGACCCAAGUCAAAACCAAGGCCAAAAACACAUUAUGCCGAUUGUGAUUACGAAGUGCGUUACUUCACAUAAAUUUAGCUCGAUUCCCUACUGCGGCCUUAGUAAAUUGUUUUUGAAAAAUUAUUAUUAAAAAAUUAAAUUUCAAAAA